GUGAGGCUUGUGCCCUUGUCCUUCAUCUGCAUGGACCAGAGAUGCUGUCACGAAACACGUGUAGCAUCCAGCUGAAAUGAAUUUUUAACAAUUUAGGAGUGAAGACAUCCGGAGGAAGUGGCAAGCGGAGGCGCAUGGUAACAAACAAACCGAGGCAUCACUGGGAGAUUGGAGGAACUGCUGACUAAUCAACGAAUGAGUCAUUCAUUGCAAGCGGCCUGAGGUGAUUUCAACAUGUCGGUGUCUGUGAUCAUCAAGUGGGGCGGGCAGGAGUACUCCAUCAGCACCCUGUCAGAGGAGGACACGGUGCUGGACCUCAAGCACUCCAUCAUGGCCCUGACCGGUGUCCUGCCCGAGCGGCAGAAGCUGUUGGGCUUAAAGAUGAAAGGGAAGCCGGCGGAGGACGCGGUGAAGCUGGGAGUGCUGAAGCUGAAGCCCAACACCAAGAUCAUGAUGAUGGGCAGCCGAGAGGAGAACCUGGAAGACAUCAUGGCUCCCCCACCUGAGAAUGACGACGUUGUCAAUGACUUUGACAUUGAAGAGGAAGUAAUCGAAGUAGAGAACAGAGAAGAAAACUUGGCUAAGAUCGCUAGACGUGUGAAGGAUUACAAAGUGGAGGAGCUGAACCCCCCAAGGCCAGGCAAAAACCUACUGGUCCUCGAUGUGGACUACACACUAUUUGAUCACAAGUCAUGUGCAGAGACGGGGCAGGAGCUCAUGAGACCCUUCCUGCACGAGUUCCUCACCUCAGCCUAUGAAGAUUAUGACAUCGUCAUCUGGUCGGCCACAAGCAUGAAGUGGAUUGACGCUAAGAUGAAGGAGCUGGGAGUGAUCGACAACCCGAACUACAAGCUCACCUUCAUGCUCGACAGUGCAGCCAUGAUCACGGUUCACACUCCAAAGAGAGGUGUUGUUGAGGUAAAACCUCUCGGUGUGAUAUGGGGGAAGUACGCUGAAUUUUACACCAAGAAAAACACCAUCAUGUUCGACGACAUUGGCAGAAACUUCCUCAUGAACCCACAAAAUGGACUGAAGAUCCGUCCCUUCAUGAAGGCCCAUUUAAACCGGGAGAAGGACAAGGAGCUGUAUAAGCUGUCACACUACUUGAAGGAGAUUGCCAAGUUAGAGGACUUCUCAGGCCUCAAUCACAAACACUGGGAGAGAUACCUGUCGAAGAAGCAGUGAAGCCUCCUGAAUGGCACUCUCAGCUCUCAACUGCAGAACAAGCUCCCCCUGCAAACCACCGAAGCCCUCACCAAAUAGCUCGCGGUUCUAGCGCCCAGUCUCUUCCCCCCCCC